GGUGAAAUGUUUGCAAAGCAUUAUUCCUCUGUGGUCUCAUAAAAGAACAAAGUACAAGAAAUGAGUUCAAAAUAUUAAACAGAAGAAACGCUGCCACCCCUAUGUGUUGAACUGCCUUCAUUAUCACCUUUUUUCCUUCACAUUCAUGUCAACAGUUACCACCUACACAUUUAAUUACUAAUUUACUGUUUAUAUGCUAAAGGAGAUACAGACACUAUACUGCAAAUAUAUUUUGAGCUGAAAAACAACUGUAGACUGAAUUUAUUUAAACUGAAGUAGACACUAUGUAAUUGGAUAUGAAUUAUAUAUAUGCCCUGUCUUUAUUGUGAAUGGGUGCUAUGUAAUUCAUAAAUGGAACAUUGUAUUCAAAAUGUAAGGUUUGCUUAGAACGUUUUGACAGCAAAAAUAUAAAAAUAUCCCAGUGGAAAAUAUAUAUAUAAAAAAAACAAAGUGGCACCAAAAAGUGCCAAAAUGAAUAUGAUGAAUAAAGCAAAAAAAAAAAAAAUGUAGUCAAUAUCCCUUCAUUUUGCAUCGCAAUUUCAGGAAAAUCAAUUUGGAAUAAUGUGAGGACAUUUUCAGUGGUGGUUCACAUGUAUGUAUUCUGUGUGGACCUAAUCUGAAUGGCUCAAAAAAGAAAAGUAGCAAAGUAAUAAUUUUGUAGUGGCUUAUUUAAAGUCACUGGGCCACUAAACAAGCCAUUUGUGAUUUUUAAAAACCACAAUUCUCACAAGAAGGAGGCCAAAUUCUUCUACAUAUAUAAAGAAAUUCAGCAAAUCAAUUAUUAUUUUUUCACACAGAACCACAUAGUUUUAGAUCAAAUUUUUCCAUACAAAGAAAUUUAAAAUCAUUUGAUCCUUUUUGUAUUUACUCUGGUUAUCUCUGUAUGAUAUCAAAACUUUUUUGAUGAUUUGAAAACUUUAAUGUGUUGCACAAAAGCAAAAACUGCAAAAAUCUAUUAUGAGGGAAAAAACUAACCACAGCAAUGAAAGAACAAUCCCCAUCUUGGGAAGAAAGUGCUGCUGUAAGUUUGAUUGUGCCCGAUUAUAAUGUUCUGCUUUUGACUUCAGGUUUAGCAUUUGUUCUCCUAUUUGUCAUGCUUAAAGUUUCAGACCAAACAAAACAUGAAAAAAGUGAUUCAGAGCCCAACUUAACUCUUUAGCACAGCCCAAUUCUCCUGUUUCUUUGUCUUGUUUUUAGUGUCAAAAAGAAGUGUGUUUCAAAACAUUUGCCACUAGAUGUCGCCUUUUCCUACUCAGCAGAUCUUCAAAGUGAAGACCUUUUUCAUAGAAUAGAUUCACAUUCUGUGAAAAGUGCCUUUAAGACAGCAGCUUUCUGUCAUACUUUUGUCAAUCCAUAGAUUAGAUAAAACUUGUAAUAGUAAAACACUUAAGUUAAAGAAAGAAAUCUAUUAAAGGUCUAAGAUUCAAUCAAUGCCUUUCCUACGUCCUGAAUCCCAGCAGCCGUGCUUGGUGCAGCACAGCAACAUGGACCACAAUUAAAGACACUGUGUUUAAAGCAUUACAAUUGUGAACAAUGCUAUAGAUAGCAGGAAAAAUGGGAGAAUUAUGUUUCUCUGAUGUUUUUUUUUUCUUUUAAAACAAACAUUUGUUUAUUUGCAGGUUCCAGAAGACAAUAUUGUCUAACACUAAUUAUUUGGUGCAAUUAUGGUUUCUCAAGUUACUUCUGAAAUGUUGAAUUUUUUUUGGAAAGUGCCUUGAAAUGACAGUGAUUGUUGUGAAAUGGAGUUAUAUAAAUAAACUGAAUGGAGUUGUUAAGAGGUGGGGUAGGAAAAAAGGAAAGACAAAGCGAGGAAUCCGACAAAUAUUUCACUUGACUGCUGUUGCCUAGUUACCAAAGCCAUGUUAAAAAAAAAAUGUUCCAGGCAAGCUAGAGGGAAAACGGUUAAUAAUAUAAAAAAACAGAAGCAUUUAAUUGGUAAAAUCGGAUAUUUUUAGUGAGCUCUUAACAAUAAAGCAAGAACACAUCGAUAGUGUGACAACAGGAUUCUGGUAAAUAAAGGGUGAACUACUUUAUUGUUAAUGAAGAUACAAGUCUGCACUACUAGAAAAAUAUACAUAUUGAAGAAUUGCUGCCACAAAAGCCAACUUUAGCACCACUUUCAGAGAUUACACAUUUCAGGUCAAAUAUUUGGUAAAUUUUUUUGAAAUCGUCUUUCUCAUAAACCAGCAUGGGUUUUAAGGAUUUUCAGAUGCAUUUAGUGCUUGACCCAAUAUUGUCGACAACACUUUACUCAAUCUAUCUUUAGGUCUAUAUUAAUGCUACUGGAACUUUUCUGAAUAAAGUAAAAAGAACAGUCACAAUUUUAGUGCAAAAAUAAAUAAAUAAAAAAGAAAAACAGAAAAUAAAUCCCAUACACGACAUGCUGUUGGGUGUAUUGUACUGAAAAUUCUUUAAGUUGCUCAGGACUCACUAUGGAGUGUCUGUGAGCAUAAAUGUUCAAGUCUCGUCACGAUUUAGUGUGGACUUUGAUUGGGUCAUUUUUUGUCGCAUGUAAUGUAAUAUGUUAAACGAAUACGUUAAAACUGCUGAAGUUUCACUGACAACAGCUUAUAUGUCUAGUCACGAUACACAAAGCACACUUACACAACGCAUCUCUUUCACCCAGCCAAACUCACUGCACUUACAGUAUAUAUUCAUGCAUUAUUUUCACAGGGUCACAGCCAAGUGGUUUAAUUGCCCAAUGGUACAUCAACAUGUGGUGCUAGACUUGUGCUCACAACACAAGUCUAGCUGUGUUUUAGAUGUUUUCUACUAGGACUUAACUAUAAUAAUCACCAUUAAUUUUUCCCUCUGCUCUGACCAGUUUGCCUGUCCCUGCUAAAAGAUAACAUUACCACAGCAUGAUGCUGCCAUCAUCAUCAUCAUCAUCAUCAUCAUCUUGUAUCAGUAGAUGGUGUCUUCUUUUCUUCUACUGUAUUUUUGACCUCUCUGGUGUGGUUCCGGAUUUAUACUGGGAUGAAAUUAACACACAGGUGGACUUAGCUACCUAAUGGAUAACUAGCUACCCAUUAGGUAGCUGCCUAACUGUCAAUGAUGGCACCAGAAUAUGGGUAUCAGACUCAGUAGUAUUUGCAAGUUACUGUAUCCGCUUUAAACAUAAGAGUCUCACUACAGGACAAAAUCCAUCCUCUUACACCAGCGCCGCAGAAAAGCUGUUUUUGUCUCUGCUUGUGAAGCCAAAAUGUCUGCGAUAUAUAGCAACACAGUGAAGAUAAAAUAUUAAUCAGCAAAGAAAAAACUCGUAUUUAAGACUAAGCACAUCAAACAGUAUUUGAUAUUAUAAUGCAAUUCCCCACAUGUCAUUAUCAGCAUAAAAUUCCACAUUUGUAAAAACACCCUCACCUGCGCCCGGUUGAUUGAUGGAAACAAAGUUUUUGGUCACGUGACAUGCACCGUCCAAACACCGCCUCGAUGCAAUUUACGCGAGAGACCAAAACCUCAACUGAAGUGUUGUUCUGUAACGAGCGUUUGAUUACAAACUUUUCUUGUUUAUCUUCACUGGAAAUAUGUCUCGAAUCCAGAUUUAUUACUCGGACAGGUACAGUGACGACCAGUACGAAUACAGGCAUGUCAUUCUACCUCGGGAAAUGGCUAAGUAUGUCCCAAAAUCCCACUUGAUGUCUGAAGAUGAGUGGAGACAGCUGGGAGUGCAGCAGUCCAAAAGUUGGAUCCACUACAUGAUACACGAACCAGAGCCUCAUGUCCUACUAUUUAGAAGACCUCUACCAAAACACUGACCCAGUCCUACCACUUCUCAUUGGGAAGUCGUACUGUGAGUGAUGGUUACCAUGUCGCUGCUUAAACAGUUAAAGAUAAAUAUUCUUUGUAAUUUUC